CUCAUCAGACAGCGGCUAAUUGAACUAGAGAAGAAACAUGCAAAAGCUUUGAAAAAACUUCAGGUGAGAAUUAUCCCUUAUGUAUACUAUGUGAGUGGUUUGGUACAAAAUUAAGUGCAGUACUAUCAUUAUUAUCACCAGUUUAGCUUUAAUGUUUUCAAAUUAACAGCGCGGUCCAUGUAAAAUCAAGCUAUUCUUGCUUACAAUUUCAGAGAGCUGAAAAGUACAAGCAGAGGCGACAAACUUUUCAUGGAUUUAUAGUUAGAGAUGCAAACACUAGUAAUUCAAUCACUUUGGACAACUCUAACCUUCUUUUAUCUAAGGACACAAUCUCUACAGAUGUUAGAAACUCACGGUGCUCAUCAGCUCAAAAAAAGGGAGUUACUAAAACUGUGACAUUCAAGGAAGCUCUUGACAGUGAUAGUAAAGGUCAGCCUCGAUCAGAGAAUGAAUGCAAAAUUGUAGAGCAAAGUGGCAGGAACAAAACAUUUAACAGGAAAUCUGAAUUAUUAGCUUCAAGUAUUCCACAGCAAAUAUCUGAAGACAAUGAAAAGGUGUUGCAGUGUUCGGUCAGCAGUGACAACAGCUUUGUUGCAGUAGAUAGUAGUAUGGUUACACCAACAGGCUCUCUUAUUUCAUCUGAUAAUGAAACAAUUCUUGAUAGUGAUGUGGCUUCUACGGAUGGGAAAGAUUGUUUCCAGAGUCAACAAGGUGUAGACCUUAAGGCUAUAGACAGUCGUCUCUGUGGCUCAGGACAGGGUGUUGUACAAGUACCUUCAACAGGCAAUGAAAGUUGUAACCAUGAAUUGUCGCAAAAGCAAUGUCAUUCUAAUGGUCUGCUAGGGCAACAUAAUGCAAAAAAUGUGUUAGCUCAAAGCAAAGAAAAUGUCAAGAUGAGGAAUUCAUCAGAUCAUCAUAAUGCACAAGAUGAUAGCACACGACAUACAUGUAGCUUGGAAAAAGCAAAUGACAGAGUGACUUUAAUUGAAAAUGGUGGAAAACAUCAACACAAAUCAACCACCAACUCAUUCACCCUGGAUGAAAGUAAUGAUUUUCCUUCAGGAAAUCAGCCCUGGUUAUGGCUCUUUGAAGAACAGUUUCCAAGAAGGUCUCCACGGAUACAAUCAAUGCCAAACUUCAGAGAUCGAGCUCAUUUUUCUCAGGAUAACAAAGUUACACAUCCAAAGAAAACAAAACGCAUAAGAAAAAAGAAGUCAAGGACAGAGAAUGAUACUCCAAUCAGUAGAAACAAUAACUUAAAAUCUACCACGGUACAUGAAAAUAACGGCAAUUCGCCACAUAGCAGUUUUCCUGAAGAGAGUUCAUGUAUCAGCAAUUUUGUUUUUCCAAGGCCUACUCAAGAACAAACAAAAAAUGGUGGGUCUCUGGCUGUUGUAGUUGACUUUUCUCUACCUGAUAGAGAGUUUGCAAAGCUGAAGCUUGCAAAAAUCAAGGGAACUUUGUCAGCAGAAAGGUCAAGUAAAGACCUAAAUACUGUAGUGGAAAAGAUUACGGAAGAGCAUGGUACUGAAGUGAAGAGAGAUACAAAACUGUUUGAUAAAAAGUGUGAAAAUAAAAGAGUUGUUGAAGAGAAAACAGCUGCAGAAAAUAUUGGUGAGUUGGAAGAUCAUGCAGCAUCAGGACUUGAGGAAAUGAAAGGUCAAACAAAAAGGACGGAAAAACACAAUUUCAGGUUAGAAGGAGGUGUAAUUUCCUCAGCCACUGGUUCAAAAUGUCUAAGCCAGCAAGAGAAAAAGAAAAACUCCACACAAUUUGUUUAUAAUGAGCAACAAUGUAAAGAGUCCAGAAUUGUAUCUUCUGGAGAUGCUUGGUGGAGCAAUUCCUUUGAAUCAGAUCAUGAACAAGUGGUUUCUCACAUGUAUAGUGUGACAGCAAAACAAAGUCAGGUUUCAUCGGAGAAAGAAUCACCAAAAUAUGAGGGUGUUGGAACUUGUGCAAAUCACUGCAAUUCCUUUCAUAUCAAUGGUUCAUGCACAUCUUUUACUGAAGUUGUUCAGCAAACUGAUGACCAUGAAAAGUUAAAUGAAUCCUACAACAAUUUCUGUGAUGGAAGUUCCUCUUGGGUUAAAUCUAACACUUUAGACAAUCUAGGUCAUGGAUUGUCACAGAGGAAGACUCCACUGGCAAAAUCCACUGUAGAAAUUAAUGAGGAAGACAAUUUUUCAAGUCAGAAACACUCUAAUGAAUUAAAUUUGAAAGAAAAUGUUGUACUCAGUGACUGUGGUAAUGCAGUUUCCGGCAAAGUAACUGUUAAAGAAAUGACAACAAUCUCCAUCAAACAGCAACGUGUUCAAGAGGAGGUCAGUUUAACUGAAGUGAAGUCUAGCCCACCUCAAUAUUACAAUGAGCCGAAUUUAGGGGAUGCAGCCACCCCACAUGGAAAGAUGAAAGAACCUUUAGAGAGCUCACAGCUAUCCCAGUUGAUGUCACCAGAGGAGAGCAAAGACUUUUCUCCUUUGCUAAUGACAGCUUGUUUGCAGGUAAUAAGGUGUUAAAAUUUUGUAUCUGCUGUUUCAAUUUUAUGCCUGGUCUAAGUUUUCUUUUCUUUUCUUUUCUUUCACACACGAUCAUCACCAUACAUUAUCACACAAACAAAGCAAAAUGUACACUGUAUUGAAAAGGGACAAAAUUUAUCCUUGGAACAACUUACUUAACAUUAAAGGAACUCCUGGAUCAUAUGGAAGGUGUUAGGGUUUUACUCUCCAACAACUUAAUGUGACACAAUUUACUGCCAAAAGGAGGGGAGGGAAAAAGAAAAAAACUUUAUCUAUGGGGUUUUCAUUAAGAACUCUAAUAGCAGGAGAAAUGUGUAAUGUUACAGGACAAUAUUUUGAAAGAGGCUUCUUGUCUGAAUGAAAAAUAAUCAUAGGCUAACUGAUCUUAGCUGGAGAAUUAUUCAUAAUAAAUGGGGAAUUCUCUGAUCUCCGAUGCCUAAUGAAUACCCUUAUCCAUCGAACAACCACAUGAGGUUGCUAUCCAGUUGCUUCAAUUGGAUAAGCACUGGUCUACCGAGCAGGAGGCUUCUGGUUCAAACCCGGCUAGACUAACACUCAGGUUCUUGAAAUAACUGAGGAGAAAGUGCUGCCUUUGUCUUAAGGACAUCUGCAAACGGUUAUGUUUUCUAGUCUUCUUGGAUAAGGAUGAUAAAUAGUAGGCUGUUUUUCACAACUCUUGCCCACAUAAAUACUGUGGGAUGUUAAAGAACCCACGCACUGACUGUAUGUUGAGAGUAGGGGACAUUGUCCCCUGUGUGGUGGUCCAUCUCUUAUGUGGGGAGGAACUGUUAUGGGCCCAUAGUAAUUGGCGCGACAUGCUGUUCCAGUGACCCUGCCAAGAAUUAGCAAACCUAAGUAAGUAAACAUAUGGAAGCUGUCAGGGUUUUACAUUCCAACAACUUAUGACAGAAUUAAUUCCCAAUAAGUUCAGUACCUACAUUAUAUCCAUCUAAUGGUACUCUCAAACUCUUUGAACAGCAUUAUACACAGGGUAUGAGCAAUAGAGUGCAGUCUAUAUCACUAUCAUCAUAUGAACCAUCUACAGCAAGGGACCCAACAGUACAGUCAAAGGAUAAGAGAGAUAUUUUGGCAGUUUGUCUGUCUCACAUGGUGGUUAUAUGGACAUUUGUGUCUGAAUCACAGUGGACUGUGCUCAGUAAAUGGACUCUGCCUGUGGUGAGAGAUUGUUAUAUGAUUAUUUUAUAAAUCAGUGUUCAGUUAAGUGUUGAAAGUAGCUUAUGAAUAGUCCAGUUUCAAAUUAUCCAACUUCAUACAAACAAACAAGCAACAAAGUUUAUUCGCAUUACCAUUUGCUUAGAUGGUGUUGCAUAAAAAAUCAAAAAUAAUAUAAAAAUAAAAUAGAUUAAUAACUAAAUAAAAAGAAAAGUAAAUCCCCCAAAAAAGAUAUUCAUGGUAGUUUAGGAUUAAUGGUAUAAAUGUGGUAACAAAGUGACCACAAUGAUACUGGGCUCCCAGGCUGAGAAUAAAACAAAGAAAAUGAAUUGUUAAUAUCUGAAUUUCAAUGCAAUUUCUUUUGUUUUAUACCCCUCAGCCUAACAGCUCAGUAUGAAUUUUAAUAAUAAAAAAUUGGCCUGUUACUAUGGGUUUGUGACUCUAUACAGCUUUAGGCUCUUUCUCAUCAAGAGCCAAAAACCCAUUGACCCAAAACAAGUUCAGUUCAAAAAAAAAGAUUACAAUACUGGGAACGAAAGAAAUUCUAGGGUUUCUUAUCCAAAUAGAGUCAAGCUUAGACUGAUUUCCCCUUAAAUGGACACUUUUUUACCUCGAACAUCUGUUGUUACUAAAUAGGAUGGAGAAGAAGAGUUUGUGAGUGUCAAGUUUGUACCAAUUAAGUCUCAUGUUGUUCUUCUGGUUGGUGGAAAUUUUCAUCGUGGAAAUGGAAGGUGGGUGACAUGAUUCUACAGAAGCGUUACUGUUGUAAAGAGACCUUUCUAUUGCUCUGUUAUUGUAAAGGCACAGGAAUCUUUGACUAACAUUGUCUCAUAACGUUUUUACUUUAAAUGUGACAGUUACGAAAAUUUGCUCCUACCUUUCAGUAAUAAUAGUGAAAAAAAUUUGAUUUGACUGGCGGUAAAUAGUUUUGUGAGAUUAAAGCUUUUUAAGAAAAGUCUCCUCCAAAUGAUAAACUUUGCUGUUACUUUUAUUUGGCUGAAAUGUCUGGUAUACGGUGUUACUGAUGUAAUAUGUAAGUCAAAUAAAUCAUUGGAGAAGAAGUCUGUAAAAAUUAAGGCACUCUGAAUUCAGCUUUGAAGCUAUUUUCAAAUUUUUGGAUAACAGCACUAUCAAUCUUGAGGGUUUUAUCUAAACACUGAAUCACAAGCUCAUAUAAUAGGACCAAACUGAUUUAAGUGCGCAAAGUUAAAAAUUGUGUUUAAAAAUAUAAAACUAGUAAAACUGGGUGUAGUUUUUUUUUCUGUAUUGCUUACCAAAAAUGAAGGUUGGUAUAACUAAACUGUCUUGUUCAAGGUUUUCACUUAAGAGGGGAAGAGACAGAAAAAGAAGGAAAUAUGGAAAAUAAAACGUUUUCUGUUACUUUUACAAUGUCAGAGUCCUUGGUUAUUCAGAGGAGGGUGAAUACUCACUGGACCUGGAAACUGAUGAACAGUAAGUGGAGUGCUUCUUACCUCUAGGCUGUAACAAUUUGUGAUAAUGAUAUCUGCCAAUGAAAAUAAUUUUUAUUUGCAUCUCUCUCUUAGAUGUUGUAGAACAAAUGACUCUGUAAUUGUGUUUGUAAUGUCUCCAAAUAAGUGGUAGGACUUGAGGAGAAUCAAAUCAUAUCAUGUGUAUGUUGUCGACCUUUAUACUUCACAUAGGUAACAGUCGUCACAGGACGAUCUUUCAUUUUUCGCCAGUUUUUGACCAAUGGAUGUUACUACAGGAAAAAAAGCAUGCAGUUCUUAAUUCAUUUGUGUUAAACAAUUCACAGAGACAACAAGUAUUCCUUUUCAACAAUGAGUUUACUCCAUGAUACAAAGGAUUACAAGACUGGCGAAGACGUAGAGUUUGUCAUAGGAGAUAAGACAUCUAAUAAAAUUACCCUGACAAAGUGGACUUUGGACAGCUUUUGUUUGUAAGUUGUAUUCUUUGUAACACUGAUGUAGCGUUUUUAGAAGAGUAUGUCUUGUGACCAGAAUAACUCAUACUGCCACUAGAGUGGUGACAAGGUUGCUCAUCUCUGAAACAAUCACAAAUCAAAUCACAUCUCUAUCGUCGCCCGUAUGCACAAAUCAACAUUUCAGUCUUAACAGUAUGUAGCAUGUUUGUCACAUGAACCUAGUUUAGGUAGCCUUACAGUGUAGCUCCCACAAGUGUCUUGUAGCCCAGUGUUAUAGCAUCUGGUCUAGGUCUAGGCUGGAAGUAGGUUGUGUAACUGACUAUCUAGGUUGUCUGAAGCUAUUGUAACUGACUGAAAAAUAUUCUUUCUCAGAAAAUCAUUGGAGGACAUUAUGCAUUUGUAGUUCUUGUCUUACAACCUACUUUCCUGCUAUUCUUUUCUCGUCAAGGUUGGUCGAACAGUGGCAGAAGUUUACUCCUAUCUAUAGUGACUCUGAACUGUCAUCUCUCCAAUUUGUUCAUGGAAGUCAUUGUCUUCUUUUGGGGACUAUUAAUGAGAACUUGAUAUUGUGGUAAGUUUUCUGCAGACCAAAUGCUCCUCUGUAGCUUUACUUAGAGGCCUUAAUUAGCUUUAAAAACUGUAAAAAAAAAAUUGUUAUCAGGCUUGUCCACUCUGGAAAGGCAACAAUUUUUCUGCUGUUUGACUGCCUUGUCCACAUUGAAAUUGUUUGUUCGACCAACAUAAACGGAUAUUUUAUAUUCUCUUAAAAUAUUUCUUCAGAUUUUUCCAGAUAGGUAUUUUUUGGUGGGGAGCUUCUCUAUUCUGUUGCUGAAUUUUGUUUAAGAAAACUGGAUGUCAGCAUAGUCUGUUUUGUGCGUGUGGUUGAGGAAUACUCCUGUUCUUUCAUACUCAAAAUCUUAAUUUGCCAGUUAAUCCCAGUUUAUCUGUUUCACUGUGUACUACCGUUGCAGCUGACAGAGCACCACUAAGAGAAAGUCUUCACCGAAAUCUUUUGAAGGCGAUUACAGGCCUUUCCAAUGGUUUAAAAGUUUGUUUCUCGCAAGAUUUAAUUUAGAAUCAGUAACCAUACUGUUCUUUCUAGGAACCACGUAACAUGUCAACAAUUAAGAAGCAUAAACCUUCACACUUCAGGCCUGAGUCAACUGUCUUGUAUUAACGCUUUUACUGACAAG